GCUCCUUCCUCGGAUGCUUUUGUGGCUGUGCUUGCUGUGGGACCGGAGACGGGGAUCCCAGGAGACUGGCAGGUCACCCGUGGGCGGGAGGUGACUCUGAGGGCACCGGAUGCUGGGGACCGGGCGCUGUGCUUCGAAAUGAUCCCCAGGGACCGUGUGGAUUUCCAUCACAGCUGGCUGGCUUACCUGCGAGCAGUCGAUGUGAAGAUCCUGCAGCAGCUGGUGGUGGUGAACGAGGGCAUUGAGGCGGUGAAGUGGCUGCUGGAGGAGCGGAGCCAGUACAGCCUGGUGGAGAGCCAGGCGGCCUCACGGCGGGGCAGCUGGGACAGCCUGCAGGACCCCAACGACAGGCUGGACAGCAUCUCCGUCGGCAGCUACUUGGACACGUUAGCCGAUGACAUGGAUGAGUAUUCCCAAAACGCCGCUGAAACCACCGCCGCAGCCGUGCCGGGCAGAGCCCCACUCAGAGCGGAGCAGGAUUGGGUCAGGAUUGACUCCGAGAGGGGUCUUGCAAAGCAAGAGAAGGGCAAAGCAGAGCACGAGUGGCCCCAUGUGGACCUCUCCCCGCCGGGACUGCCCCCGGAUCACCACUUUGCUAAGGAGCCCCAGGUGGCCAACGGGUAUUUGGGCCAGCAGCCCUCCUCUCUGGAACCAGGCAGAGACCCCAAAUUGCUGCCAGGGGCUGGGGAGAGGCUGGGGAAGGGGAACGCGGGUGGGAAGGCUCGGAAAGCUGAGGCUGACUUUGAGAACUGCAAACUCAACAGCAAACUGCACCUGGAGUACGAUGCCCACUGGCGCUGGCUCCAGUCUCAGGACGAUGUGACAUUCUUGUAG